GGGCACCGCUAACACAGCACAGCCUGAGCUUGGCUCAUGUCAUUUAUAUGAGGAAAAGGAGGAAAACAAGCCCAGAACCGUCUCCCUCAGCACCACUCACUGCCUUUCCCUGGACGACACAUGGCACACGUCUCUUGGAAGUGUGAGUUGAACACGAGCAGGCUUUUAAAUACUGUCCUGGUGACAGGAGCCUUUCCAGAUGAUGAUGAGGAUGUGUUUGUGGGUACCAUGAGGUUCAAGACUUGCAAGGCUCUGCAGGAACCAAGAUAACAGCGAAAAACAGGCUAGAAGAGAUGACCUUCUCUGCAGACUGCAGCAGCAUUGAACACAACCCAUUAAAAAUCAGCUCCAAACACGGAGGAAAAAACCCAACAACAAACAAAAAACCCCAAACCACUGCUGAAAAGAAGUAAAACAUCUCCAUGUGAAAUGCUUCUUGGCUGUGAAAUGCUUUUUCUGUGAGAAAAAAGUUCCUUCCGCCAUGAAGAAGGGUGCAGAGCCUGGUUUGCUCAGAGCCAUUCCUCUCGUCAUCUGAACAAAAGGACAGGGAGGGAAUGUUGGAGGAGAAGAGCUGGAAAGGCGUCGACGAAGCAGCUUUUGACAGGGGGUGUGUGACUCCCCCCAGGACCGGCGAUGGGGAGAGAUGCUGCCGCCUCCCUCUCCUGCUGGGCUCGGGGCUGCCCGGCGUCUCCCUGCUUUCUCUGGUGCUGAGCCUCCUGCUGUACUUUCGGACCUCCGAUCUGCAGUCCCGGGUGUCCCACUUGGAAGCGGACAGACCCACACAGCUCCCUGCUUGGCUCUCAGCAGACCAAAUGGAGACGGCUAUUUUGGGAAGAGUUGACCAACUGCUUGAUGAGAAAUUGAAGUUUCACUUGCCGAGACAUCGAGAAGUUCGAGACACACACCAGCGAUGCAACUGCCCGGCAGGUCCGCCUGGAGACAAAGGUGCGAUGGGGAUCCCUGGGCGGCCGGGACUAAAAGGGCAAUCUGGAGAGAAGGGUGCUCCAGGAGAAGCCGGCAUGUCUAUCAUCGGGCCCCGUGGUCCGCCUGGACAGCCUGGAACAAGAGGUUUUCCUGGAUUCCCGGGCCCUAUUGGCUUGGAUGGCAAACCGGGUCAUCCUGGACAGAAGGGAGAGACGGGUGCUGCAGGUCCCAGGGGACAACCUGGACCCCCAGGACAAAAAGGAGAAAAGGGUCAGUGUGCAGAGUACCCGCACAGGGAAUACCUAAGUACCACCCUUGCAGCCCUGCGCUCUAACCAGAUCCUUACGCUGAAGGGUGAACAAGGACAAGCGGGGAUCCAAGGUCCCCCGGGGCCCCCUGGACCACCAGGGCCCACUGGACCGGCUGGACCUGAAGGAACCCCAGGACGUCCUGGGCCAGUUGGACCCCCUGGCAGAGCGGGAGAACCUGGGAAGCCUGGCAGAGACGGAAAGGGCUUACCUGGGCCUCCUGGACCAAAGGGAGAGGCUGGGAUUCAGGGAUACCCUGGCAGAAAGGGCGCUCCUGGGAUGGCCGCUGCAGGGAUGAAGGGCGAGCCUGGGACUCCAGGAGAAAAGGGAGAUCCUGGAGUCCCAGGGAGGAUGGGCCCCCCAGGUUUGCCAGGGAAGAGGGGGCAGCGGGGCGAGAAGGGACGAGCUGGUGACCCUGGGCUUCCUGGACUCCCUGGGCCGAAGGGAGAGAAGGGAAUUGCUGAGAAUGCCUUGGUGGGAGCUAAAGGAGAACCUGGCCCUCCAGGUCUGCCUGGACCCCCUGGACCAAAGGGAGAAGCUGGUGACGUUGGCCGGCCUGGUGCUGCAGGGUCACAGGGAGAAAAGGGGGAACGUGGUUCACCAGGAGACCAGGGACCCAUGGGCCCAAGGGGCCCCAAAGGAGAGCCUGGGAAGGACGAAAUGAUGGACUAUGAUGGGAACAUCAGUGAAGCUCUCCAGGAAAUAAGAACUUUGGCCUUGAUGGGACCCCCAGGACUUCCAGGUGUGGCUGGACCUCCAGGGCCACCAGGACAGAAGGGUGAAAUUGGCUUGCCAGGUCCUCCAGGCCAUGAUGGAGAAAAGGGACCGCGUGGCAAGCCUGGAGAAAUGGGCCCCCCUGGUCCUCACGGACUGCCAGGAAAGGAUGGCCCCCCUGGAAUAAAGGGAGAGCCAGGCCAUGUCGGGGUCAGAGGAGAGAAGGGCGAUAAGGGAGAGCCAGGACAAACGGGCUCACCGGGUCUAGAUGGCCCCACUGGAGAGAAAGGCGAACGAGGUGACCAAGGGAUGCCAGGACCAUCAGGAUUGCCGGGUCCCAUUGGACUUCCAGGAUUGACAGGAGAGAAGGGUGAGCCUGGGGAACGUGGAGACAAAGGAAAUCCAGGAGAAUCGAUAUCUGGCCCCCCCGGACCCCAAGGUCCUCCUGGACCUCCAGGUCUUCAGGGCCUCCCAGGACCUAAGGGGGAAGCAGGGAUUGAUGGAGUGAAAGGAGAGAAGGGUGCCCAGGGUGAAAAAGGAGACAGAGGGCCACUGGGAUUACCCGGUGCUUCAGGUUUAGACGGCAGGCCUGGACCACCGGGUACUCCAGGACCAAUUGGGGUUUCAGGACCAGCAGGACCAAAAGGAGAAAGGGGCAGUAAAGGAGAUCCUGGAGUUGCAGGACCAAUGGGGCCAGCAGGGCUUCCUGGUUUACAAGGUCUGCCUGGUGACAAAGGAAUCCGGGGGGAGAGGGGCAAGAAAGGCUCUAGAGGGUCUAAAGGGGAUAAGGGAGACCAAGGAGCGCCUGGAUUAGAUGCACCCUGUCCGUUGGGGGAAGAUGGGCUUCCAGUUCAAGGCUGCUGGAAUAAGUGAUGAUUCUAACCUGGACUGGCCUGUGUGUGUUACUGUACAUAGGAUAUUUAUUUUUAUACAGUGUUCUUCUCCAAAAUGCCAAAAGUUAUGCAUUUUUACAAAUUAUCAAAAAGCUGCAUAUUUUUUUGUACAGAAAAUACUAGAUUUUUUCCCCCUGUUUGUCAGUUCUCUGUAUGAUUCUAUGUCUGCAUUAUGCUUGUUUUGUCAUGGAGUACAGCUGUAAUAUUUACAUGAUACUUGUGCACACGUGAUGAAUAUAGGAACUUAAUAAAUUAUUACAUUAAAGAUGCCCGAAGGAACUGCCCUGUAUAGAUUUAAAGGUCAUUUUCAUUUUCCAAGCUGGGUCAUUCCAGAAUAUUUCAAAAUAUUAUGUAUUUUUUAUUAAAGUGAAAUAUAAACAGUUUUGUUGUGACUGAAUUAAAGUGUUGCUGAAAAACCUGCUGGUAGUCACCGUGCACUGGGAAUGUAAAGACUCCAUGAUUUAUAAUUAUCCUCCCAUGGGCUGGAAUAACGCUCGUGACAAUGAGCUCUGGCUGGCAAGAAAUUCUGACCCCUUUCUAAAUUGUAGGCGUGCAAGUAGCUCAGU